GCUACGUGUAUCAUCGACCACUCACCAACCACUCAGAGAGCACAGUUCCCCAAGGGUCUGUCCCUCCAUUUGUGUCCUUUGCUGACUGUCGUCCGCAGGGCUUCUGUCGCUCAACACAUGACAAGCAAUUAUAAUGCUCUGAAAAACAGAAACUUAAGUGUACAGCAUUCUUUGGAUUCCGAUUAUCAUCGGAUGGUGUUUCACUCCUCGAGUUCUCCAAACCUAGUUGAGGAAAGCCGGCGGUCAUUUGGUGCUAAGCGCGUCCGUUUGUCAAAGAACGACGUGGGCUCGGACUUCUGCGGCUCUGGUUUCUCCGAUUUGAGGUUGAACCUAAAUGAGAUGCCAUCAGACACGAAGCAGUUGAUAGUCGAUGGGAAGGAACCUGUCGAUGUGAGCAUUUCUAGUAUUUCAGGACGUGCCCGAUUUCUCACACCCACGAAGGCCUCUGCUCAUAGUUCAUCACUUCCCAGCUGUUCUGAGCCAACCAACCGUCCCACGGUCGCCCUAGAAUUUCGAGGGGAAACAGGAAUCGGGAAUGACCAUGAAUAUGCAACUCCAUCGCGUGCGAAGCGCAUAUGUACUACAAACCCAAGUCCCAGAUAUUCACAGUCCACUAGCUGGGGCAAACAAGAAAAGAUUACCAAUAGCUCUCUUUUUUCCUCGAAAAAAUCGCUGGUACCUGUGUCAGAGGAACGACCCAUCCAUAUCCUUCAAAAGUCUUUCACCACAACUGCAAUCGCGCAAAUAGGACCUACCCGUCAAAAUGCUGCGUACACUUCAGGUCGCUGCAUCUUCAGUGGCUUGACACAAAGCCGUUCAAGCAGUGGUGCAGUUAUGCCCACAGUAUUUAUGAAUUCUCAGCAAAAGUCGUUCGACGGUCGCGACGAUAUUCCUUCCGUGAGGCCAAAGAACCAUGAGCAUUCGCAGAAGGUCUCUCGUAAUAUUCGCACGCCGUCCUCUGCUCCAUCACCCACCUCCUCUUACACUGGUUCCCUCACUCGGGCUGUGGAGUUUGAGUGUGAACCUACCCACAAAGCACGAAGAAAACUUCACAUGUACACAGAUCCGGUUACCCAGACAACCGAGGGCGCUAUCGGUCCGAACAGCAUGGCUGUGUGUUCUUCAGAAGCUCAAAUUGUCUCUUGUGCUCCAGAAUCCGUUCCAGCUGAACCCGGUUGUCCCCCAGUAGACAAUGCUCUUAUCUAUGUACCCGGGAUGGCGCUUUUGAUGAACGAAAUUGAUGCAACUCCUAUUGACCUCAUCUCUAAAUUCGAAAAGACACCUGUGUCUUCGCCAGCGGGACUAAGAUCGGAGAGCAAUCAUUCUGUGACCCUACUCAAUGAUCCGUCUUUCAGUCAACUUCCAAAUGUGAUGGACUCAAAUAUAGCUCAAAGACCCGCCUCUUCGGCACACACCUCCCCUGUCAGUCCGCGUUCAGCAGGACGUGAAGCAAACAAGGCAUCCAAAAACCGCUACGCGCAAAUGCGUAGACAGUUGCGCAAACGCAUGGAACAGGACAACCGGCAGCCAUUACCUGCGUUGCAUUUGCACUUGUCGAAGGAUGGUACAAGCCCGCUCCCCCCGGGCUGGCAACGAGCUCCGAACGUGAAACAACAAAACCCUUCCGGCUUAGAUAAUGGUAGUGGAGGUGACGACACCGACGGUCUGUAUGCUUACUACUACUACCACGUGCGAACACGUCAAACGCGAUGGGAUCCACCUGUCUAUCCUUGGGAUGCUGACCCUGAAGAUACUUUAACAGGAGGGAAUGGAGAUGAUGACCCCGAGGCGCCAUAUAACUGGGGCUGCGCAUCCAAGUACUCUGUGUCACAUGAGGAGAUCGAGGCGAUGUACAACCGGCUUCGGCAACGAAUCCUGGAACGGCAGUGCACGGAGUUGCUGCACGAGCUUGCUGAUAAACCAGACGCUCCGAAGGGUGCAGUUGAACAAGGUUUUGCCAUAGAGCUCUUUACUCUUGUGCACGAUGUCCUUCGGAAUUACCGCGAUGCCCGAUGCAAGGUGGGUCGCAUUCUCAACGACGAGGACCUUUACUACCUCACACGCAAGCUCGCUCAGGCAGUCAUAAUGAAAGAAGUACAAAAGUGGCGCUCAGAUCAAGCAGCGUGUUCUUCAUCCUUAUUCGCGUCUGCUCCUAUUCCAGAGCUGACUGCUUCUGUCAACGCCCGUGUAUCUGCGUAUGUUAAGCGGUACAUGGAAUCCAAAGGCGCAUUCUACCGACGCAGGGUCCAGCAAGGUCCUAUACCUCCUGUGUCUAGUCAGAAACUGCAACUUGUUGCCCAUGCCAAACCCGAAGGUGCGACCAAUCACCAUCAUCACCAUUUACAGUACACACACUCCACACAGAACACGUUGCCUUUACGUCCACGCGGUGGUCAAACACAUUUUCCUCAUAUGGUCUCUAAGGCCCUCGACAACCCUUCAGGGAGUCGAUCUUAUAUCACUCCCCCGAAACCCGUUCCAAAUGUCAGUACUGGACCUGAUCGUAAUCUUCAGAUUUGAUUUCUAUUUUGACACAAUUCUGUGGUUUAUAUAAGUCACUCACAGUGUCUGGUGCACCCAGCUAUCCCGCUCAUGGUUGUGCUCAGGUGCACUCACAUUAACUGAUCGAGCUGCCUUGUGUUGCCGCUGAGUUCACGGAAUUCACGCGCGCAAUGUAAUAAUGUGUCUAUCCUCACUUAUUUAUUUUUCUCUUUUAUUUGUUUUGGUCGUGUGACUUUGUCUGAGCCAGCUUAUGGGUGCGAUUGUAUAGAUAGAUGCGUCCCAAACAUGAGCGCCCGGCUCGAGGCAAGUGUGUAUAUAUGGUUAUCCCUUUUUGCACCAGUUGUAUAGUGUGCAUCAGCUGGAUCCGCAAUGAACUCUCGAGGCUUUCUUUUCCGUUUCUAUCCCGCUGCCACGCCACCCUACGCUUUGUGUAGUGUAUUUUUAAACUUGCAAUCUGGAUCCCCCAUCUUGUGACCAAUUUCUCAGGCGAUACCACCCCGUUAUGGUCUAAGCCCCUCGUUCAUGGAGAAAUUUCCCAAACAUCUGUGUAUGCAUUCUCACCCUGAUGCGAUCAAUAUAUGGUUAC